AAUUCCCCACUUCCGCCAAUAAUACGCCUCUCUGUUUAGUUUUGCCCUCCCUCUUCGCUCGUCUGCUAGGCUUGAAUAGGAGGAAGUAUACACUAAAAUUCAGAGUAGCUGCCAGUAGCAGCUCCAGGCCUUGUUGAAUCUGGUUCAAUGGACUGAACUUUUUGUCGUUAACAUGUCAGUCGAAGAGUUGGAACAGGAACCAUUUAGCGUCCACGAAUUUGUGGAAAGGCUAGCAUGGAAAACUAUGGGUGCCCAUGCACGCAGCAGCCCUGAAGAAUUUGAUCCGGAUUUACUACAUAAAGCUUUUGAAAAGAUGAUACGUGAUCUGAAGGAUAAAAACAACCAGGUUCAAAGGAAAAUUGAUCGCCUUGAAGCUGAAUGUAAGGAUGAGGAAAAGCGUCAUUGGAAUAGAGUUGCUGAGCUCCAGAAAAAGAAUCAGUCCCUGUACACAGACUUCCAGACACUGGAUGAGAGGAUUUCCUAUGUGGCGACCAAGGUUGUUCAUCUGGGAGACCAGUUAGAAGGUGUGAACACACCAAGGGCGCGUGCUGUGGAGGCGCACAAACUUAUGAAUUAUUUGGGAGAGUUCCUGACGGAAGAACCUCUCAAGUCACCAGUGUUAGUUGAUCCUUUCCAGCUCCAUCUGACCGCUGAUGUGAUACAGAAGCUGCACUUGAUAGCGUUAGAGUUACCUGUGGGAGGACGCUUUGAUAUAGCAAGGCAAAGAAUUGCAGAAAAGUAUGAUGAAGUAGAACGAGAAUUGAUUGAGGAGUUUCGUCUGGGCCAGCAGGCUGGGGACAGACGUCAAAUGAGGAAAAUCACAAAUCUUUUACAACAUUUCAAGAGCUAUGGCCAGUGUAUAGAUGUCUUCAUCGUCGAAUGUCAGAAGGAUGCUUACAAGGGUAAAAGUAUUUUUGACGAUGUUGUUCCCUUGUGUGUGGAGACCAACAAACUGGCAAAGGCGGUCUUCUCUAACUCUGACACUGUAAUGAGCAAACUAGUGCAGAGUGUUUUCCAGGAGCGCAUCCAGGGUCAUGUAGCCUCCAGACUAGAGAAACAGUCAGACCCUGAAGUAUACCUCAACAACUUGUAUGAUAUGUAUGUUAAAACCUUGAAGUUGACAGUGGAACUAUCGAAAGCUUGCGUUGAGCAUGAGUUCAAACUUGGUGAUUCUACAUUCCUCAACAAGCUCACUCGCUCUAUUUUUUCUCAGCAUCUGGACAAAUAUAUAGAAGUUGAACUUCAGUCUUUGAGACUUCAUUGCUCAGUAGUUCUGCAGCAUUACUAUGAGAAGAAAGACCAUGUGAAGAGACAAAUCCAGUCAGGCGGAAUUCAUGAGCUGAAGCGAGAUAUUCAGGCUAAGAUUGGUAAUGUUACAAAGGCAGGCCCAUCGAUUGAGAACUUUGGAGGUGAAACAUUUCUGUCCCAAGAGGUGGCAAUCAACAUUCUGCAAGACACAAAGAAUGCCUUUAAGAGGUGUCAAACGCUUUCCUCCACGUCGGACUUGCCCUCUAAUGCAAUCAAAAUCUUUGAGGUGUUGGUCCAGUAUCUCGUGACAGAACACAUUGACUAUGCUGUGGAGAUUGGGCUCCUGGGUAUUCCUCCUGCUGAGCCCAAAGUUGAACCAGAGAUUUACUUCUUCGAUGUGGUGAGCCAGGCAAACACUUUGUUCCACUUAUUUGAGAAACAGUUCACGGACAACUUCAUCCCUCUCGUCAUGUCUUCACAGCACCAUGGAUUCUGUAUGAAAAAGAAACGCGAGUUGCGUGAAGCAAUGGAGGCAAAGAUAGAUGUUGGACUCGACCGCUCUGUAAACGCUAUCAUUGGGUUCAUCCGGUACAUAUUCAAUACAGAACAAAAGAAAACAGACUUCAGGCCUGAGACGGAGGAUGCCCCCAUGCAUCUUUUAUCCCCUGCUGCGAUGAAAGUGUCCAAGUUUCUCCACGCUCAAGUCCGGGAGAUCAAGAACAGUCUGGAUGGGAAGAACGUUGACGUGGUCAUGGGCACUCUGGGUCAGAGGUACCACAGACUGACCUAUGAGCACUUGACACAGUUCUCCUACAACUCAAUAGGGGCAAUGUUGGUUAUCUGCGACGUCAAUGAGUACCGUAAGCUGGUGAAGGAAGAGCUGAAGGUACCCAUAGUGACCCAGCUGUUUGAGCACCUUCAUGCGCUGUGUAACCUGCUGGUGGUAGUACCUGAGAACAUCAAGGUGGUAUCCAGCGGGGAGCAGCUGGCUGAUCUGGACGAUUCAAUCAUUCAAAACUUUGUUCAACUGAGAGCUGAUUAUCGUACUGCAAAAAUCUCAACCAGACUCAAGUGAUGUCACCGCACAGAAACACUUUGUGACGUCUUUUGCCGGGUAUUCCACUUACACUUUUGGCUGUGUCAGGGCUGGAUUAAGGGGGGUGGGGGGAAGGGGCGUGGGUCCAGGGCCACACACCAAGCAGGGGCGGGGCCUCUCAUCAAUAUAUAGUAGUUGUAGCAUCCAGACAGAUAUACCGCCUGAAUUAGACUUAAGUGACAUCAUCAGCGACUCUGUCGCAUGAAAAUUGAGAAAAGUGUCUGGAUUGCAAUGGUUAUAGACCCCCUAACUUCAUCCAUUCGCUGAUUUGAACUUAAUUUACUUGUUAGUUAUACUAUACUUUUUCAUGGAAAAUUAGAAUAAUUUCAACUGAAUUUGUCUGUGUAAAUAAAUUUGGUGAGAACAACUUGUGUUAAUUUUAUUUUCAUUUAAUCAAUUUAGUAUUUAUUCAUUACAUAUUAUGACACUGGAAGAAAAGUCCCCAUUCAGUAUUUCUUUACUUUAGUGUUUUAUUUCUAUAUUAGGAUUUAGGUUACUUAGUCUGUGGUGUAUGCAAUAGGGGGAUUUGGAGAGGGAGGCCUCGGUGGGCUCAAGGCUUCCCACAUGCUUAAUGCAGCCCUGGGCUUUGCUGUCAUAUAUAUUUUCAUUAGGCGCACAUUUAAAAAGGGCUUGUGUCCAACCUUUUAUGGUUUCUUUUUCUCCAGGAAUUUGCUUACUGUGUUUAUUAUAGCAUUCUAAAAA